AUGAAUAGGAUCACUCGCGGGGCAGAGGAAAUGAAGGCACUAUAUCCGAGCCUCGUGACAGUACUAUCUCGCACGAGCUCCUCGGCGGACCUACCAUCAGGGUCACCGGAUGGAGGCGACCUGGCGUUGGCGGUGGCACUUCCGAUCCUUGGCUGGGAUUGUGAAUUGAAGAAUCUACAACGGGCGCAGGGACAUACCACGUUUUCUUCGCGAUAUGAAGAGAUUGACUUCAAGGUUGUCGUCGGGCAAAUGUUACUGGUCAAUGCGAUGAUAAACGAGUCCACGAUUGAUAAAGCCAUUCUUUCACGAUCUCCUGUGGCGCGGACAGACCACCUCGUUGCGGUGAGUGGGUACGUGUGGUUCCUGGACGUGACCGGGGUGGUUGUAUACGGUUAUCUGGGUUUCGACACCUAG